GUUAUGCCAAAAGAUGUCACUGAAACUGUAUUUCUGGCAUAUUUUCAAGAACUGGUAAGGAAUUUUCUAUGUUUUUCGGUAGAUUUGGUAGUAAUUGUGUUUAUUCGUUUCAGUCAGAAACGUAUAGUCCGAAUUCUUUAUGGACUAAAUGGUCAAUGCUAAAAUCGAUGGUGACUAUACAUGAGAAACGAGAUAUCACCAAGUUCAAUGAACUACAGGCUUUUUUGAAACGGAAGAGUAAGAGUUAUAAGCCGAAAAAGUCUGCUGUUUUAUCUCCUAAAGAUGUUAUCAGAUUCCUAAAGGACGCUCCUAAUGAUAUUCAUUUAUUGCAUAAGGUUGUUUUGAUUAUGGGUUAUUUUGGAGGAUGCAGAAGUCAGGAACUUUUGAAUAUGAAGAUAUCGGAUAUAGAGGACCGGGAUUCCAUUAUGGUAGUGAACGUACCGGAAAGUAAAACUGGUGUAUCGAAGAAAUUUACAGUUGUGGAUGAAAAAGAGUUCUCCGCUUUGCCUUUAUCAAGACUUUAUAUGUCUUUGCGUCCUAAAAGUAUUGAACGAUUUUUUUUGAGCUUCCGACAAAAUAAAUGUACAUCUCAGCCAAUUGGAAAAAACAUGUUUGGGAAAAUCCCCAGCAAAAUCGCAAUGUAUUUAGGAUUGCUAAACUCAUCUUCCUAUACGGGACAUUGCCUUCGUCGCACUUCUGCUACUGCUCUAGCCAAUGCAGGAGCAACUAUGACUAACUUAAAAAGACACGGAGGUUGGAAAAGUUCCACGGUGGCGGAGGGGUAUUUGGAGGAUAGCAUCGAAUUGAGAAAUAAAACGGCGCGUAUGUUGUCUACUUUGUCAUCAGAAGAGGCAGGUACCUCGACUGUAGUGAACAGAAGCUCCAGCCAUACAAAAGAAGAAAUUGUUUCCAGUGGCGGAAGUAAUUUUCAGGGAACAUUUCAAAAUUGUACAUUUAUUAUUUGUAAUGACGUGAAUAAAUAAAAUAUGGUUCAGUUUUCAUUUC